GAGGUCGCACCGGUGCGACCAGCCGUUCGAGGGGAAAAAAAAGUCUCCGCAACCCUCAAAGUCUUCCUGUGAUUCAAUAAAAAACACACAUUAGACCCAUAUCGUGGUCUAAACCAAUCAAUGAUAGUGAAGGGCGGACCCCCCUCUGAUUGGCUGUGGUCCAGAUAUUCCUGCACGUGAGUGUACCACAGGUCGCAUUAACUAUAAAUUCUCUGUCAUUGACGGAUUUUUCACCCGUGACGGAAAAAUCUGAUGGCCGCCCGUCAUUUUGUCGGAUUAUAAUGAGGGCAAUUUGUAAAUCCCCAUUUCCCUUCAGCGUGAUAUGCUCGAAAAGCGACCUGCGUGUUUUCACCUGUUAUUGUUACUGACUUGACAUACGCGUCGGAUGUCGCGCUGGGACGCGGGAAAGACAGUUGACCUAUCAAAGUAAACCACAUAACAUGAAGAAUGAAGGAGUAUUAAUGCACAUUUCCGGCCAGUCCUGUGUAAACUAUGUCACGAAAAGUUUUUUAUACAAUGUUUUCGUGAGUUGACGGAGCUCACAGUCUGCAGCACCAGGAGUUAUCACCGCUCCGCUCCUCACGCGAGCCGGACCGCGAUCGCAAAACAUACAAGAGAUGAUCAAAAGUCUAGAUAAACACACGUAUUUGGAGCUGCGCUUCAGUAAAGCCGUCCGUAUAUGUGGCACAGUCACCUUUAUUUUUCAGAUGGUCAUUUAUAUGGGUGUUGGUAUCUACACUCCCGCUCUUGCACUGAAUGCAGUUACAGGUUUUCAUUUGUGGGGAGCAGUUUUGGCCACUGGAUCAGUGUGCACUGUGUAUACAGCACUAGGUGGACUGAAGGCGGUGGUGUGGACGGAUGUUUUUCAGACAGUGGUGAUGUUCACGGGUCAGCUGGCCGUCAUCAUCGUGGGCGUACAGCAGGCCGGUGGUCUGUCUGAUGUCUGGGUUAAAGUCAGAGAUGGCGGCCGCAUCUCACGGAUCGAUCUAGAUCCAGACCCGACGGUGAGACACACGUUUUGGACGUUAGGGGUCGGAGGAGUGUUUCUGAUGCUCUCUCUGUAUGGUGUGAAUCAGGCGCAGGUCCAGCGGUACCUCAGUUCUCGUACAGAGAGAGAAGCUGUCAGGUCGUGCUAUAUGGUGUUUCCCUGUCUUCAGGUGGCUUUAACACUCAGUUGUUUAAUGGGACUGGUCAUGUAUGCGUGUUACGGCGAUGAAUCGAGGCCUUACGUCAGGUCUAAAGACCAGAUGGUUCUUUACUUUGUUAUGGACAUGUUGCAAGACUUUCCUGGACUGCCGGGAUUAUUCGUGGCAUGUUUGUUCAGCGCGUCUCUAAGCACGGUCUCCUCCGCGUUUAACUCGCUGACCGCUGUGACCAUGGUGGAUCUGAUUAAACCUCAUUACUCCAUGAGCGAGUCCACAGCCAGUCUGCUGUCUAAGAUUCUGGCUUUAUCAUAUGGAAUUAUAUGUCUUGCUGUGGCUUAUGUUGUCCAUUUGAUGAACAGUUCUGUUCUACAGGCUGCUCUCAGUAUCUUUGGGAUGGUAGGAGGGCCGCUGUUGGGUCUCUUCUGUCUUGGAAUCUUCUUCCCAUGGGCUAACAGCAUUGGAGCUCUAGUAGGACUGGCUGCAGGUCUGCUCAUGGCCUUCUGGAUUGGCUUUGGUGGAUUUUUGGCUCGCAUGUCCAUCCCUGCAGAGGUUUCUCUCCUCAACUUUACUAACACCGGACCUGAUGUUUCUGACAACAUCACAGCUGUGACAGAAACCUUGGACUCUGCUUGUAAUAAAACCAGUGGACCUUUAGGGCUGCAUGGGCUCUAUUCCCUGUCGUACAUGUGGUACAGUGCGGUCAACUCCUCUACCGUGGUACUCAUAGGACUCAUUUUUAGCUUCAUGACAGGUCCGACUAAAGCAUGUGACAUCACCUCCGGCACAGUUUAUCCUGUGGUGGACAAUGCACGAUCACUUCUUCAACAUCUUUUGAAGCCCAGCGUUUGCUGUAGUUCAUCUCCAGAGCUCAGGCAGAUGGACGGACAUAAGGAAGUUAACGGCAUCGUAAAGGAGGAAAGUCCUACAGCUCAAGAGAGAGAAACGUUUCUUUCCUCACACCCAACGUCUUGUGUUGAGCACGAGACUUCAGUGUAGAACAAUGUAUGUCACAGCAGUAUUCAGAUUAUUCUGUAAACUUACACUAUAGAUAUUGUAGGUAUUUUGUACAUUAAUGAUGUAAUAAAUUACAGGGUAGUGUACAUUUUCAGUCAAUCUGUAAUUCUUUUGGUCAUUUAUAGGAAAGGUUCAUAUUAUGCUCUACAGUACGUGCAUUUCAUGAUGUAUCCUUUUGUGUUUAUAGCUGAUGUACUGUAUAUAAAAGCAGAGGAAUCCUCUUUUUACCAAAUACUCCAGAUGCCUUUAAUGGAUGAAUCUGAAUGAUGAGGAUUUUUCAUGCUUUCAAUAAAGGCAUAUAUGUGCAUCAUUUA